UUCAAAAUGUACCCUGUGCUGCCUCUUCAGCCGGGCCCACCCUCCGACGGAUGGAGACGCUCGCGCCGAGCCACUUGCAUCGCGGUCCUUGGGCUACUCUACCUCUGGUUCGCCAUGGCCGUCGGGGCUUACUACCUCGUGCCGCUUUCGUACACCUUUGGGAACGACCUGUGGCCAGGCUACAACUCGAGUGGGUACGAGCUCUUUCUUGUCGACGCCAUCAACAGCAUUUUGGAGCAGCCACAUGUGGACAAUAUCAUCAAUCUCUCCGCUGUCAGGAUUGCAAAAUCCUAUGCACCGUCAACAACGAGUCACUUGCCCGAGCCGCACCCGACGCUUGCACGAGCCUUGCUUCUCACAAAGCUCACGUCCAUCGAGUACGCUAUCGCAAAUGUCCGCAACAUGUCAGCGGAUCAAACGCUAAUGCUGCCGACGCAUUUUUGCUACGUCGACUUUGGCCGGCGCUGGGAGCUCGCACACUCGGACGUGCGCCAAGCUCGGUGCGAAGCCCGGUACCGCACGAACGGCGCCGUCGAUUUGGAUGCCAUUUUGCGCAACCAAAACUGGACAAGUCUCAUGGGCGUCGACGGCGACAACUUGCAGAUGGCUGUUUUGGACGCAAUCACCGCGUCAGGCGAUGCAGGUCACGCGUGGCUUAAUGCGACGACCCACUGCGCGUCGUCUCUCCAAGACGAAGCCGCGUAUUGGCGAUCGUUUGAGUUGACGCACUUUACACUACAGUGGCAAAACAAUGCGUUCACCGGCCUCCAGUCGACGCUGACGGUUCUGAAUCCAUUCAACCUCGCGUCGACACUCGAGUUGCACCGCUCGACGUACGUGCGGGGGCCGUGGACGUCGAGCAUCUUCAAUGUCUUCUUCAUGAACGAAAUCUACUUUAUGGCCGCGUGCGGCCAAAGCCUUGUGCGGGACGCGACCAACUACUUUCGGAAUGCACAAUGCAUCUAUUCGGCAACACCCGAAUUCGAAGGCUUCCUUGGGCUCAGCGACAGCAAUGGCCAGUUCGUUCACCAAACGGGCCUUGUGCGCGAUACAGUUGGGCCGUUCUUGUCGGUGGAUCUGUUUGUCGUGGCGCCACCACCCGCGCUAGUCACUGCGAUUACCGCCUUUGAACAGCGCCUCUACCUGAUGCUUGAAGCCAACCGCAGUGCUGCAAGUGCUUACCAGCAACAGCUCUCUCCUCUCUCGGUUCCACCGGUGCCAACGUGGUGGCAAAAUGGCUCGUUCCUCUUGUACGGUGGCAACCCCAUGUGUCUCUAUAACGCGGCAACGUCGUUUUCGCAGCCGUUCUUUGCUUUUGGGGACGCAUGCAACAAACAGAAGCGUGCUGCGAUGGUGGUAUCGCCGGCUGCUUUGGUGUUUGCCAUGAGCAUGAGUGCGGCAUUGGUCCAAGACCUUUGUGCACCCAUCACAGAUGCUGCUUGUGUGCAUCGCGUCUCAGUGGCCCGCGACCUUGCAAUGACCUUGAGAUGGGGGACGGCAUCGACUAUGGCGUCGUUGGCGUCCACAGUGAACGCGAGUCACGUGCAGCUCAUGCAGUUUGCUUCGAAUCACCAAGGCACCGAGUGGACGCUUCUCACCGCGCCGAUCCUCUUUGAUCCGGUCUUCGGUUGGGCAGCUGUCUACGACUGGGCGACCGGGCAACGUGAAGUUGUCUCGUUUGAAGGAGACAACGGCACACUUGUCCUACUCUCCGACGCGUAUACCGAUGCAGGAGAUGUGGACUUGAACACGGCGCCGUUGGGCCAAGCCUCAGCGAUCCUCAUCUACACUCUGCUCUACUCGUCGCUCGUUCUUUCAGCAACAGCUCUUCUGUGUUCUUGGCUCGGCCUUCGGCUGCGACUGGCAUUUGCGGGCCAAAGUCUAUUUGUCUUCCAUCGCGUUGUCGGGUCGACCUGGCUCGGGCGACCGUUGAUGCUGCUUCGCGGAUGCUCGGCGGCGAUGCUUCUCAGCACCUCGUCCGUCACACUCUCGCAUACGAACGCACCGGUCGAUGUCGUGAUGGACCUGCAAAUGUCGUGUUUUAGCACCGACUAUAUUUACACUCUGACGUGCUCGCAUGGCUCCAUCACGAUCGGCAGCACCCGCCGUGUCGUGCUGCUGCUUGCCAUCCAAACGAUCGGUCUCUUCAUCGCAUUGACCACUCGGCUGUGGCACCGACAAACCGCACGUCGCUCGGACAGCGUGCUUCUCUCUGGUGCCGCUAGUGUUCUCUUGACGGCGGACCUCGACGACGUUAGCUCUCUUCUCUCUGGCCGUGUUCCACUGCGAUACGGCCGCAUCUUAUUUGACGUCAAGCUCUGGGUCAUCGUGCGAGUGGCACCACCGCACCUGCGGGUGCUCCCGCGCCUUGCGCUGCACGGUCCGUCGCCCUCUCGGUAUACUCGCUACGUUGCGUUGGCUGGGUUCCUCUACGUCGCCGCGGACGUCUGGAGCAGCUACUCGUGUCUGAGUGUCGUGCAACGCGCGCUCGUGAACGACCUUGUCUGGCCCGGCUUCAAGCUCACCCAUACGCAUGUGUUUCUCUCAACGUACCUCUGGCGUUAG